GUCAUAGCGAGGCCACGCCCCCCAACGGCUCCAUCUUGCGGCGGCUGCGGCCGAGCCUUAAAGGGGCCGCGGCGGGAGCGGGCGGGAUGAUGGAUGAGUUGGAGGACCCGGAGCUGGAGCUGGAGCCGCACUGGCUCCGCUCCUCCGUCGGCCGCCGCUACCUGAGCUGCAUCUUGCACAACAACCGACGGAGAACCUUCAGCAUCCUGGACUCCCCGGAGCUGCCCCCCAGCCUCAGAGCCGUCACCGCCUCCUACAAGCUCUUCGUGUCGGGCAAGAGCGGCGUGGGCAAGACAGCCUUGGUGGCCAUGCUGGCGGGGGUCCCCGUGUCCCCCACCCACUACGAGACCCGCGGGACAGAGGUCACCACUGUGUACUGGCCAGCCAAGCCGGUGACCAGCAUCGUCCCUGUCAUGUUCCAGCUCAACCUCUGGGACUGUGGGGAGGCAGUGCUGAAAAAGUUCGAUUAUUUGCUGCCUUCCUGUAAGGAGGACGUGGAUGCCAUCCUCUUCCUCUUCUCCUUCACCGACCGCUCGUCCUUCGAGGAGCUGCCAGCCCAGAUGAGUCGAGUGCUGGGCCCCGGGGAGGAAAACGUCCUCAGGGUGGUCAUUGGCACCAAGUUCGACCUGGUGGCGCAGGCAGAUGUGACGGAGCAGGAGGUGCAGGCGUUCGAGCGGCGCUGGGGGCUGCAGGUGCUGCGGACGUGCUGCCGCCCGGGCCCCGAGGUGGCCAUGGGGGUGGCCCGGGCGGCCCCCACCCUCGACAGCCUGGUGGCCAGGCUCUGGCGCAGGCGCCUCCAGGCUCCCCAACCCCCCCGCGGCGACAAGAGAGACCCCCUCGGCUGAACCCCCUCUUCCUCCCGGGGGGGGGGGGUUGUUUGGGGGGGUCCCUGCAGGACAGGACCCCUGGCUUCUCCCCACUGCCCCCCCCCCCCCCCCAUUAAACUGUGUUG